AUGGUUUCGUGCCAUGCUCAAACGCUUGCGCUUUGCCUUCUGUCUGAACUCGGCGAGCGCCUUUUUCACGUUCUUGUUGAACUUGGCUUGCUCGGCGACAAUGGCAGCAACGCGACCUGCAUUCUCUCUUUCACGAUCCACUUUUUCGACAUCCUGCUCCUCUUUCGCGCGUUCGCCUCCCUCCCCAUCCACCUCCUCGUCGGCAAUAUCACACGCAUCAAAAGCAACGCGCCCCCGCGAAGCAGGCGCUCCUGGAGAUUCCGGCCCCGUAGACGCACUGUCGUCUUUGUCAUCAGAAAUGACGAUGGCGACAACCGGCUGGGCCUUGCCCCGCCUCGGAUAUUUCCGACGCACCGGUUGCAGAGGCGGUUUCGCUUUCGCCCGACGCGAGCGUGUCCUAGAUGCCACCUCAGCCUCCUGAACAAAAAUUACGUCCUCCACAUCCUCGACUCGUUUACGACGUCUAGUGUUCUUGUUGACCUCUUCCACAGACUCUGCUGCAGAAGGCGUCUCGCAGACGAGUUGGUGUGCAGGUGUGUCGCCCUGCUUAUUCAUGGGAUGGGUAAGGGAAGAUUCAGCCUUCCGCCUCCGCGAGACGGGCUCCCUGUUCAUAUUCGGCGGCUUGCGCUUACUCACAUUGCGCCUCCGAGGUCGUUCCGCCUGCGGCACCUCCACGACCUCGCUCCGCUCUUCUUCGUCGCGAACCUUGACCAAUUUCGGCGACUCGACCGCCUGCGGCACCUCCCCCUCCGCCGCUUCCUCCCCAAUCGCGCCGAGGUCGUUCCUAAAAAGGUACAUCAAGUACGUGACCUGGGUUUCCGUGAGGCCCCAAUUCAUCUUGUACUUCGACCCGAACGGGAGCGUGGUGACGCGCUCGCCGCCCGGCAUCGUGAGCACCAUGCGCUUUUUCCACCACGCCGGGCGUCUGUCGGGCGCCCAUGACACGCGCGUGCGCCCUUGCGAUUCGCGCACUGCUGCCGUCAGAAGCUUGCCCGCUUUCGUCUGCGACAGCGACAGGACUUCCUGCGCCUCGGGGCUCGUCAGGUCUAGCGGCAUGGCGACUAGAGAUUUCGACCUCGCGAGAGCGAAAGAGGUCGGGCAGGGAAGGCGCACGGAUGCCGUGGAGGAUGGUUGAUGGCACUACGGAAGGGCGGGUAGGGACUAAGGGAGAGCAGCUGGCGGUGUGCCGGGUUUGUAUGCUGUUCUGGCAAUGCUGUCCCAGUUGGCGCGAAGUUUGAAAUUCAAAUAGUACGACGGUAUGAUAUGAUUACACACGUGGCCACGUCAUAUUGUGACACGUGUUCUCGAAUCAUUUCCCCAGGUCUCCCCUUCAAAAUUCUCUCGUCACGGGUUGAGCCACCUCCUUUAGAGCAUCCCCACCGGCGAGUGUAAAGUGCUAAAUAUUUUAGAAACUUGGCGAGCCUUGAUUGGCCUCUCGCUAUUAUACACCUUUGCUUUUUUAAGACCUUGCCGAGAACUGCAUUGACCUGCAGGUCAACCCCACCGGCAAAAAACCGCACCCUCCUACUUGUGAAGUGCAUGCUCCUACUCACUGAAGUCCGAUGCAAACGCCUUUACAACCUCCACGGAGUACCAUUGGCAUCUCUGACUUCGUGGAGGACGACAUUCUCGAUAUUGUUGAGGAUGUUUUGUCUUCGGACAGCGACAGUGAGCCCCCAAAACACAAAGGCUCUUAUCCGGGGGAAAAGCCAAAUCUCGAGCCCAACCCAAAACGAGAGCGAGGUGCGCAACUGCUAGUGACGGCUGUCCCUUCGAAAGACGUACGGUGGCUGCCAGACAAACUUACGUUUGGUGCAGACAUGAACAGGAUGGGGAGGAGUGUUGGUGGAGACUCGCCUCUCCACUGGAGAGAGAGGCUCAACUUCAAGACCCCUUCAACCAACUUUGACUUCGCGGGAAAAUGGAAUUUGAACCAAUCAGCGUUUGCCACCUCAAAUGCAUAGUUCUAAAUUUUGGUGCUAUAUUCUCGAUUUUUACAACCCGAAUUUAUCUCGAUGUAAAAAGUAAUGCAUCUUUUCGAAACGGUGGGAGUAGUGAAGAGGGGUGUAAAAUAUUAAAGUUGUAAAAAUUCGUUUUUUUACAA